AGCAGCUUAGAGUUAGUUCAAGGAAACUGCCCUCAAACCGAACCGACCCGAACCGAUUCUCUGUUUCUAUCUCUCUCUUUCUCAAUUCUCAAACUCUAUCGUUUCGUUCUGAUUUCCGUUGCCGAAUUGGUUGCUGGAUCUUCAGGAAAAUGGGUACGCUUCUUCGUUCUUCGCACACUUGUUUUCGUUCUUAUUGUUAUUCUACGCUUACUGCUGCUACUACUACUAGUAUUGCUAGUGCUAAAAAAAACCCGAAUCACAAUCAGAGUCAAAAUCAAUUCUUGAAACCUGUUAGAGAUCAGUGCAAAUCUAGAAGCUUUAGGAAUGUUGAUGAUGCCUUAGACCUGUUUGAUAAAAUGCUUCACACGCGCCCUUUGCCUUCCAUUGCCGAUUUUAAUCACGUUUUGGGUGGCAUUGCAAGAAUGAAGCAUUACCCAGUAGUCAUUUCUCUAAUUAAACGAAUCAAAUCAUUUGGAAUCUCUCCCGAUGUUUAUACUCUUAAUAUUUUGAUUAACUGCUUCUGCCAUUGGAACCGUCUAGGUUUUGGGUUUUCUGUCUUGGCUACAAUUUUGAAACUUGGUUAUUACCCAGACUCUGUUACUCUAAACACCCUUGUGAAGGGUCUCUGUCUUCAAGGUAACAUUGCUGGAGCUGUGAAGUUGGUAGAAGAUAUGGAGAAGAAAGGGUAUCAACCUGAUGCAUUUACUUGUGGAACGAUACUAAAUGCUCUGUGUAAGAUUGGUAAGGCUGAUAUGGCUCUUGGGUUGCUCAGGAAAUUGGAAGAAGGAGAUUUUGAGCUUAAUCUGGCAGCGUAUAACACAAUCAUUGACAGUUUGUGUAAGGAUAGGUUGGUAACUGAGGCCUUGAACUUUUUGACUGAAAUGAUGAGUGAAGGCAUUCAGCCAGACCUUUUCACUUACAAUUCCUUAAUUCAAGGCCUAUGCAAUUGCGGCAGGUGGAGAGAGGCUACUACUUUGUUGAACAAGAUGGCACAGAGGAAGAUCGUGCCAGGUGUGUGGACCUUCAACAUAUUGGUGGACGCAUUUUGCAAAGAGGGGAUGUUGAUAGAGGCAAAAAAAGUUUUUGAUAAGAUGAUUCAAAGAGGUAUUGAGCCUGACGUAGUCUCUUAUAGUUCUUUAAUUGAUGGAUACUGUUUGCAAAAUAAAUUGAAGGAUGCCAUCGAAGCAUUGAACAUGAUGGUUGAGAGGGGUUGUUCACCUAAUGUUGUUAGCUAUAGCACAUUGAUUAAUGGAUUUUGUAAAAAUAAAAGAAUUGAUGAGGCAAUGAAUCUCUUUAAUGAAAUGUCCAACAAGGGAGUAACUCCUAAUGUUGUGACUUACAACACUCUUAUAGGUGGGUUUUGUCGAGUGGAGAGACAUAAGGCUGCUCUAGAGCUAUUCCAUAAAAUGCAAGCUUGUGGCCAACUUCCAGAUCCCCAAACUUAUGCUGUCUUGUUGGACGGCCUGUGUAAGAAUGGAUUAGUUGUUGAGGCAAUAAAAGUGUUUCUUGAGAUGGAAGACAAAACGUUGGGCAAUUAUAUUGUGAUUUACAACAUUUUGAUUGAUGGUUUGUGUAAUGUUCAGAAUCUUGAAGUUGCAAGAGAACUCUUUUAUAGUCUACCUGCAAAAGGAUUGCAACCCAAUGUUCGAACUUACAACAUAAUGCUCAAAGGGCUUUGCAAAGAGGGAUUGCUAGAAGAAGCAAGUGAGAUAUUUGAGAAAAUGGAUGGGAGUGGUUGUUCACCUGACGAUUGCACAUAUAACACAAUAAUCCAAGGGUUACUGCAACAUAAUGAGACAUCAAAGGCAAUUAAAUAUCUUGAAAUAAUGGUUGAUAAGGGUUUUUCAGCAAAUGCGACAGUUGCAAGCAAGUUUUUUGACUUGAUGUCAUCUAAUCAAGUAGAUAAGGACAUUCAAGAAUUUCUCCAGAAGCCUAAGUGAAGGUUUUUUAGUUUCUCAACAUCAAGGACAAGUUUCAUAUUUUAUCCAUCACAUGUCAAUCUUUAAAAGAUGUGUAUCAUUUCAGGCAGACAUAUUGUUGCGAGGCUACUUUGGGUGGAAUUCACUAUGUGCCCUCCAGGUCUUCAAUCAAGUUUUUCCAAAGGUAUUAUACUUCUAGUUGAAAAUGCCUUUUGCCUUAAAAGGAUUUAGGUGACCAUACUAUCAAAACUCUAAUGGUACCCUAGAUGUACUUGGUAGUGUCAACUAUGAAAAUAUUUUGGGGAACAUGCUUGACAUCAAUAAUGCUCAAGACAGUAUAAGCUAGUGGAUGUUUUCUUGUGAAAAUUGGUUUCUUUGCAAGGUCAACCAAAGGAUAGACCUUAAAAGAUGAGAUGUCUCCAUAAUUUGUAUGCCAGUGAUUCUCUCUUGACUUUCAAGUUCUUGUGUGAUUACCAAUUGGAAUUUGGAUGGACUUGCACAUAUACCUUAGUAUAAUUUUGGACAGUAAUUUCCAUACCUAUGUAGAUGUUAGUAAUCUUGAUGUCCUUGUUAUUUAUCAAGGCUGAAUUACUUUCUUCUGUUAGCCUUCCAUAAGAACUUAAUGUAGACAGUGAAAAAUGGAUUCUAGUUUGUAUCAAUAUUGAUAGCUCUUUGAUAUUUAUUAAAAAAAAAAAAAAUUAUGAUUUGACUCCAAACGCUACUUUUCUUGGUUCUGGGAUGCUACCAUACAAUGAGGAAAACAUUUGUGGAAACAUAAGGUGCUCUGAGCCACAUCUUGAGUGUGUUGUUUUCCUGGUUUUCUAAUAAUGUGAAUUCUAACUCAAGUUUUCCUUCUUAAACCAGUCAUUUUUUUAGCGAGCUAGUUAGAACAAAUGAGUUAUGCCAAAGAUGCUCAGAUGCUUGUGUAAAGCUUGGCCGAGAAAUGGGUAUGAAGGUUGUUGAUCUUUUUACUGCACUUCAGAAAAAAGAUGAUUGGAUGGAUGCUUGCUUCAUGUAAGUUUUUGUGUUGCGAUGGAACUUCUUAUAAGUUAAAAAAAACAAUCUAAUUUAUAGCCACCGUCCUUUGGGUCAGAUGGCGCUUCCACCCUUCAUAAGUAUAGGAUUGUGGUUUUGGUCCUGGGUCGAAGUCCCGUGUGUGCACGCAAUUUACCCAUGGUUUCUUUCCCAGUUAUGUUUGUGAUAGUUUGUCAUAACGUGUUUUUGGCACUCAUGUUAUCAAGUGAUAGAUUUUUAGUCUGAGUUUUUGUGAGGAGUCAUUUCGAUAUUGAAUUUAAACCAAUUGCAUUCACAUUCUUCUCUAGAUACACACCAUGUUAGUCAACUUGUCUUUAGUCAAGACUUCGCCAAUAAAGUGUGAAGUAACAGAGUAAUCAUUAUGUUUGUUCGCUGUGUGUGUAUAUAUAUGUAUAUAUUUUUCCCCAGAGAUGGGAUUCAUUUAUCAGCUGAAGGGAGCAAGAUAGUUGUUAAAGAGAUACUAAAGGUGAUCAAGGAAGCUGACUGGGAGCCAUGUCUACACUGGUAGUCCAUGCCAACUGAAUUUGCAGAGGAUUCACCAUACAAUCUUGUUGCCGCUGAUGGAAAGACAAAAUUAAAUCCAUUAGAAUGGACUUUCUACAGGAAGCAUCAGUGGGACUAAGAUAUGUCAUUUGCUUUCAUUUCCAUGUAGAAGCUGCCUACGUGAAUUUGAAGAGUGAAGAUCUUGAAUAAGAUAUUCAGAAAGACAAGUAGCAAGAGAGAAAGCAGGGGGAGGGGUUAUCAUUGUUGCAAUUGAUUCUUGUAAAGCACACUUAAACUGCAUUAUUUCAUGUUCAAUUUAAUUUUUAAAGGUCACAU